UGAUGCAAGCAACAGCCAAUAGUGUUCUCGUACUGGUAUUUCCUGUAUAGUAGUUUUUAAUAUGGCGAAGACUUACGAUUAUUUGUUUAAACUGCUUCUAAUCGGAGAUUCUGGAGUCGGGAAGACUUGCGUAUUAUUCAGGUUCUCAGAAGAUGCUUUCAACUCCACCUUUAUAUCCACCAUAGGUAUUGACUUUAAAAUCAGAACUAUAGAAUUAGACGGAAAAAGAAUUAAACUACAGAUAUGGGAUACAGCUGGGCAAGAGAGGUUUCGAACAAUCACCACUGCAUAUUACCGUGGAGCAAUGGGCAUUAUGCUGGUAUAUGAUAUUACCAAUGAGAAAUCCUUUGACAACAUAAAGAACUGGAUCCGAAAUAUUGAAGAGCAUGCAUCAGCCGAUGUUGAGAAAAUGAUCCUGGGCAACAAAUGUGAUGUCAAUGAAAAACGUCAAGUUUCCAAAGAGAAGGGUGAAAAGUUGGCUCUAGAGUAUGGAAUAAAGUUCAUGGAGACUAGUGCAAAAGCAAAUAUCAAUGUCGAAAAUGCAUUUUUUACAUUGGCAAGAGACAUCAAAGCAAAAAUGGACAAGAAAAUGGAGGGGAAUAGUCCUCAGGGGAGCAACCAAGGAGUCAAAAUCACCCCAGACCAACAAAAGAAAAGCAGUUUCUUCAGAUGUGUCCUUCUGUGAGGAACAUCGCCUUAAUGGAGUUGUGCACUCCAACUAACUGAACUGUGCCUGUAUUGGAAUUCCCAUCGUCUUUGCAGAGGCAACACCUUAAACCACCAGCUCUGUCACUCUCCGGCAUUCUGAGCGUGACAGGCACUGUCUACCAUAGUAACUGUUUCAUCUAGAAGUUCUGAAUUUGUACAUUUCUUCAUUGGGUUUGUUAUUUUGUCAUUCUGUUUGGCCAACUAUAACCAUUUGACCCAUCUGAUUUUUUUUUUUCUUUAAUUUAAAGUCCAAUAGUAACAGUUCCACAUAUUCAUUCAGAACCAUAUUUUGAUUUACACAUCAUUUUUGUUAACCAAAAUAUUCUGUACCGUUUGACAUGGGUACAUACAUAAUAAUCUGUACACAGUGUGUGUAUUGUAUAUUAGUAUACAUCCACACAAGCACACAUGUAUGUAUCUAUAUAUAUGCACCUUUCAAUUACAUUCCAAAACGAGUCUUCCUCUUCAUAUCAAAGAUAUUGGUAGACACCAAAAUAAAUUCCUUUUUUGCUUUAAAUUAAA